UACAGCUGUUUGGAUAGCAUUUUCCAGAACUGAAGCAUGAUAUGUGUCUACAAGCAAAUCAGAAUGGCCUGGACUGUCAAGAAGAAGAGCAAUAAAAGAAUUGCUUUUGAGGAAGAAAGAUGAAACCAGAAAUGACUAGCGCACCUGGCCCAUGCUUGUGGAGGCUCCUGCCUCAAGAUAAGUGUGCACCCAGUGACCGAUUUAAGCAUGCUUGCAGUGUCGUUAAAGGUUUUGUUUACUUGUAUGGAGGGCGAGACAAAACCGGACUUAAUGAUUUAUGGAGAUACAACAUAAUGCACAACAAAUGGGAACAACUGCAGUACCUCGGUGAUGAUGUCCCUGAAGAACUUGAUGAGCACUCCAUGGUGGCAUAUGAGGGUAUGUUGUAUAUCUUUGGUGGAAUGGUGGAUUCUGCAUAUGUUCAGAGAAAAACUCCCCUUUGGAUAUAUGAAAUAGAUAGAAGCAGAUGGACUCAUUGGAAGAAGAGAGUUGGUGAGCAAAUUGUUCCUGCCAACAGGAAGGGCCACAGUGCUGCUGUCUACAAUUCGUUUAUGUACCUUUAUGGUGGGUAUGUUGACAUAAAAGGAAUCUCACAAGAGUUUUGGUCAUUUAGCUUUGAUACCCAAGAGUGGUCAAUUGUAUCUCCUUCAACCACAGAGCCUGGUCCAGGACCUCGUCAUGGUCACUCAGCUGUAGUUCACAGUACAGGGAUGUACUUGUUUGGUGGUUUGAUGGGGCUAACAGAACAGAAUGACAUCUGGAAAUGGAACUUUGUUAACCACACGUGGUCAAGUGUCAGAGCAAAUUCUGGUCCACAGAAAUCUGUGGGUCAUGCUGCUACUGUCUAUCAAGAUUAUAUGCUAAUGUUUGGGGGAGGACAGACGUAUGGCUGCCCUGAUAACAGUCUGUGGAGUUUCAACUUCUCUUCUCUGACCUGGAAGAAACUGAACAACUUGACCACCACAACUCCUCCUUCCAAAGUGUAUCAUUGUGCUGUUGGAAUUGGAUCAAGGUUUCAGCAAGGGUCUGGUAUACCCAGGAAUUUAACAAGUGACAUAAACAGUGCAUUCAGAGAUGGCAAGGAAGAGUAUCAUCUCCCCUUGAAAUGGUUUACACUGAAACAUGCAUCUACUGAAACCAGUAAAAAUGCUGAUAGUGAUGAGAUAGAAAUGUGCACCUUUCCUGCUGUUGAGGAGCAGCAUCCAUUUGCAGUGCCAUUGCCCUACUUUUCAGCAGAGCACUCCAUGUCAACUCAUUUAAGUAAAGAGACCAAGUAUUAUAUUACAGAGGUAAGCCUGGAUUCGUCCUCUGAAGCAGCUGUUGGUUCAUUUGCAGGAGAUUGUAGAAGGAAUUCCCCCCAUGUAGCGCAUUCAUCCUGUACAGUCACUGAUGAAGAUGAAGUCUGUUUACCUGAUGUCCUUCUUAUCAUUGGGGGAAGGCCACUCUCUGGUGCCUCCACAGUAGAUGUAUGGCAGGUGACACUAGAUUGCUUUUAAGAUUAUACAGCACCUUCACAAAAAUGGAUGCUCUAAAUGUAUCUUUUCCAAGACCUCUGUACUGACAUGCAGUUCUCUGAAAGUCUAAUGUUGUGGCACUCGCACACCAUACACAAACCUUAGAACCCAUGGCAAGCACACACAUCAUACAGCAACUUAACAUGCUCACCUACUCAGAUUAUUAUAUGCAAGGAGCAUACCUGCUUAACUUUCAUAUUCUAGAUUGCCAUAGAAGAAAGGGCAGGGUGACUUCUUGAAGAGUCACAUCUGUCAUGUCUCAAUCAAAAAGUUUCCAGACAUGCAUUCGCCUCAUAACUUGCAUACACAGGCUACACCAUACAUACCGCUGUAGCUCACACAAGGAUCUGAACCUGCUCUGCAUGAAUUUUCACUGUUGAUGUAGAAAUGUUUGACAUUUAAAUGUCUAGCAUCAACAUCUAUUCUAAAGAAAAAACAAAGCAUGAAUACUGUUUCAACCAACAACAUUUAAUCGGAGAACUGUGGUUGUGUCAAACAGUGCCUGACAUUAGAAUGAGAAUACUGAAAUAAAGGUGACUUACAAAGGGAAAAAAAAAAACGAAAUAAGGAAGUCUCUCAGUUGGCUUGUGUAAUUUAAGAUAUUACAUCUCAGUAGUUUUCUUCUCCUAGCAUAGUAGAUGGAGGGUAGGAUAGUGCAGCCUUGCAGUAUGUCAUUUGCUGAAUGCAAUUUCAACAACUGCUGAUAAAUCAGCGCACUUUCACUGAACUUUGAACAAAGUUUUUUUGGGGGGGUGUUAUGCUUUAUGCUUCCCUGCACUCUCACACCCAUGACUUGUAUGUGUGCAUUUAUGUGAGAGCAUUUUUGUCAUCAUUCCCCCUUUUUCCACAUCCUUUUUUUGUCAUGGGAUUAGGGUGUUGCAUCAACAUUAGUCAAUGUGACCAAAUCAGUUAGAGACCAUGUUUACACUGCUGAGUGGCUUGUGUAUGUGAGUGUAUAUGGGUUCCAUUUAAAACAUUGAAUGUUCAGAUUAUUGAACAUUUCAGUUUGUGACCAGCAUGCCGAGCAUGUCUAAUAUAUAUUUUUUUAUUUAUCCUCUGUUGAUCAGGUUAGUCAAAACCAGCAAAAUUUCAGGAUCCAGCACCAGUAAAUCCAAGUGUAUGGGAACAAACCUCAAACAAACAGCAAAAAACAUGCCAGACUUUAGAAACGUUAAUUUAUUAAAACAACAGCAAAGCUUUUGGGACAACAGUUCCCAUCUUCAGUGUUCACAGAUUAAUUUGGGGUCCUCCCGGCACCAUCCCCUUUGGGCACACUGGAUUCAGCCC